AUGAUUGGAACACAGGCUCUGAAAACCAAAACGCCAGUGGUUAGUGAAUAUACGACAACAGAACGGAGACCGCUAAAGGGUAAGUACUGUGCCAUAGCGUUUAGUCUCCAUAUUGCUUCAAUCGGUCAGAUUAUAAUUGCUUCUCUCGUUCAAUGUGCAGAUAUCGAUGUAAAUCGAAGGCACCAGCCUCAUAUUCCGUUUAAAGAUGGACGGAACAUAGGGAAGGCAACCAUUUCUUCCGGGUUUCAGGUGUUUGCAGAUGGUGAAACUAAUGUGAAGAUACCGAUGAAGGUACCUGCGGAUGGUGCAAAACAGGUGGUCGGGUUCAAAAAGCCGUUUCAAAUGAUCAAUGGCAUAAGUAGUAAAAAAUCGGUUACUAAUCAUACUGGAGCGAUAAAUGGGGAACAGUUGAAUGUCGGUUUCAGGGCCAACUGCGGGGCCUUUAAAGAUAAUUCCCUUUUUGAGCACACCAUUUCGACAACUAGUGCAAAGGGUUCUAAUAUGAACUGGCUCGAAAAACAGCUUGCUUUGAUGGAAAUCAAAGAAAAAUCAAACAAACCUCAAGACCGGGUUCUUGUGACUGAAUCAUACGGUGCAGAAGGUAUUAUAAAUGAUGUCCCAGCUCCUCAUAUCAAGGAAAUUGAUUUCUUGGCCCCAACCGCUAAGCAAUAUGAAGAUAACGUAUGUGGGGGAAGAGAAAAAGAGCUAGAGCCAAAGCUAUCAACCAGCGACACAGGUGCUAUAAGAAAAGUUAUCCCUGAUGUAUUUAAUUCUACCAAAUUUAACAAUACUAGCCAGUUGCCUACAUUCAAACUGAAUGUUAUGGCUGAAGAAUGGAACACCACGAAGAAAAUAUUAUAUGAUCAUGGCACUUCUAAAGAUUCUGUAGCAUCCCACGUCGGUGUACAACAAAAACCGACGUUUUGGAAUGUGCAAACAAAUAAUCCUCAACCAGAACUUCCUCAGCAGUGCACAGAUGCUACCGAGACCAAUCAUAAUUUUCCGACCACUACCCAACCAAUCGGUAGAAAAAUCGUCGGAAAAAAGUUGACACCGUUUGAAAGAGGACAUCAAGCGAUGGCUGUUGAUAUUCUGCUUGAGUUGGAUGAUCGGACGCAGGAAAUUGAACGCUACGAAAGAUAUAAGGCAACGCGCCGUAAAAAAGCCAUUGAAGCGAUGCGUGUAGAGCAAGAAAGGAUUAAACGGAAAAAAGAGUUGUACCAAAACGUACCGUCAAAUAUGAAAAAUCCACUGCAGCCUACUGUGUUCAGAUGUUCUAACUGUACAACGGAACGUUUUGGUAUCGAUGGUUUCCAGCGUACAAAGAACACCUCGUACAAUCCUGUGCCAACAAUUCCACUGUCUGCUAUGGUUCCCGAUGUUAAGCCGAGUGUUUGGAUCAUCAAAUAUCCAACACCACCGAAUGAGCCAAUACGCUACGAACCAACUGACCUAUUGAGAAUGAAUUAUACACCAAACAACAAUGCUGAUAAAAAUUCCAAGAAGCGUCAGGAAAAGUUGAAGAAAUAACUCCGAAUGGGUUGCUAUGCUUAAUUUCUAAUAUUAUUAUUCAAGAAGAUGCUCUAUUUGUAACAGCCGCCAG